AUGUUAUCUUUUAUCAUCUUGUCGCUUGUUCUACGUACCAUUCAUGGUUCUGUGAUUGCACCACCACGAAUCGUUGGCGGUGUAGACGUCCUGCAGGGGGAUUUCCCGUUUGCCGUGUCGAUCCAUCUGGCCACACGCGAGCUCUCCAGCUGCGGAUCGGGUUACAUCUGCACCGGAACGCUCAUAUCCUCCUGGGCGGUCCUCACCAGUGCUCGGUGUGUCCGAAAUGGCAGUGGAGUUCGGGUUCCGGAAGAGCUAAAACUGCUCGUGGGAACUAAAUCGAGGACCAACUGUAGCGGAGCGGUAGAACUUUCGGUGGAGGACAUCCGGGCGCACGAGGGAGCAAAUUUGGCGAUUUUGAGACUGAAGUGGGCGGUUACCAACGUGGAGACAGCUGUCCUGAACGAGUACCAACAGGAUCUUGGAAAACAGUGCAUUCUGAUUGGGAGACAUACGUAA